GGAGGGGCCCCGAGAAGGCGACGCUGACAGUUGGGCAGGAUGUCGGCGAGGAGGCGCAUCGGGGACCCUGAGUUUUUGACCAAAAGGAUCCCACAGAAUCCUAAAUACCAGCAUGUAAAAACUCGCCUUGACACAGGUAGCAGUAUGACCAAAUACACUGAAAAACUGGAAGAGAUCAAGAGAAAUUACAGAUACAAGAAAGACGAGCUCUUCAAGAGACUGAAAGUGACUACUUUCGCCCAGCUGGUGAUCCAGGUUGCUUCUCUGUCUGAUGAAAACUCAGAAGUGCCACCUGAGGAAAUUCAAAAACUCGAUGAGGGUGAUGCUUCUCCCGCAGAUAACAAUGUUGACAUUGCGGCAGAGACCAAUGGCAGAGGCAGCCCUGUGGAGAAACCAGCCAGUCCCAUCCUGUUCAUAAACAACACCGGAGCCGGGGAAUCAUAUCGCUCCACCUUACAGAGCGUGAUCAGCGGUGUAGGCGAACUGGACCUGGGGAAAGAUGCCCUGAAGAAAACAGAGAUGUAUGCAAAAGACGGACCUUAUCCUGAAUGCCCCUUCCUGCUGCUGGACGUACGAGAGCGGGAUGCUUAUGAGCAGUGCCACAUAGUGGGAGCUUACUCCUACCCUAUUGCCACCCUAUCCAGAACCAUGAAUCCUUAUACAAACAGCAUUUUGGAAUAUAAAAACGCUCACGGGAAGAUCAUCAUUCUCUACGACGACGACGAGAGAGUGGCCAGCCAAGCAGCCACCACGAUGUGCGAGAGGGGCUUCGAGAACUUGUUCAUGCUCUCUGGAGGUCUCAGGGUCAUUGCUCAGAAGAUCCCCGAAGGCCUGGUGACGGGCCCCUUCCCCGCGUGUUGCCUGUUGGCUGGCCAGCCUGGGAGUGCCCGGAGGAAAGCCGCCCCCAGGCAGCCUCCACCCCCACCCGCUGACAACAAGUGGAGAUUUACCACAGAGGAUCUACAGAAGAUACAGUACUACCUAGAAGAGGAGCAGCUUCCUUCAGAUUCUGCCAGCCGUCUCAGCCGCGGUUCUUCAGCUCGAGACGCCAAGGCCACCGCUGUCAAGAGCAGCCAGAACCUGCCCACCGCCAGCUCAGCCGUGGCCCUCACCACCCGCUCCCUCAGCAGCAGCAGCCUGCAGAGCAAGCCAUGGAGAUAGCCCGGUGUCUUUUCCCAGUGAAUAAAAGAGAGCCCCGUUCCUGGGGCUCUUUGAUCACUACAGCCCGUCUUUCACUUUUAGGAAGGUGGUAUGCAAAGGACAAGGAGGGGCACGGUUUGGGAUGGAGCAUGUGUGGGCCUGGCAAUUUUUGGUACAGAAGGGAAGUUUCUGGCGGAAAAAGACAUCCCAACUAAGACUCGUGUCGGCCUUUGUCAUUCCCCCCACCCCAAGAAGGCAGAAGCACUGGCAUUGUUUUAACUAUACUGGCACCUGAGAACAUGAAAACCAGGGGCUUAAAAAAUAUGGUUGGACUCUUAACCAAUACAGAAAAGAAAAUUAGCAAGGGGGUAGGUAGCAACAGUGGUAGAGAGUGAGAUUAGUACAAUGUUUGUGUUUUCAUAACUGAAGAAGUUUGAAAUGAGUAAGUUUGUGGUACAGUCAGGUAAAGAAGGGGCCAAUUGAGUGUUUAUUUGUGGCCUCCCGUCUGGAGUUCUGUUUUCAAAUUGCACUUGUACAAAGCGGAGAAAGAACGCAACAUUUCUCUCCCUGGACUUUCACAACCUUAAGUCAUUACUGGCUGGCUGUUUCCUUACUGGGAUCAUCCCAGCCAAUGCUGUGAAUAUGCAGACAGCACCAAGAAGAAAGUUUCAUUCCAUAAGGUUGAAGGAACCACAUUAUGGGCCCGAACGUGAAAGAUCCUGAGUGUAAGGCGAGUUCUGUGGAACGGGAGGAGGACCAGAGCAGCCGGCUGAGCUGGUCUAUCAUCUGAUUUAAAUCUCUCGUCAAUAUUUCUGCGAUUUUGAGAGCUGCCAGGAGUUGUGAUGUGGGGAGGCUGUCUGUCUGACCCAUUUUAUAGUUUCACUCUGCAUUGUUGAGUCUUCAGGAUAACGGAAUGGUGAAUUCAUCCCCCCCCCCAAAGGUAGUUUUGAGAUUGUUGCCAGCUGAAAAAGGACAACUUUUCAGACAUGAAGGUUUCCUGGCAAGGUUACUUGUCUUGUUGCUUUAUUAGAAAGCGGGGUGGUUUUUUUCCCCAUUGACUCCUUUUCUCUCCCUUCCCCCAAUCCCCAGAAACAGGUCUUCUCCCCCCCCCCCCCCAGAUAAGACCCUUGAAAAUGGCACAUCCCGUGGCGAUUUUGAAGGGAGGUAGGCGCACAUCCUGUGUGGACCACAUGUUCGGUUUAUUCUGUCUUUGUGCUGGUCUUCUGUCCUCAACAUCAUAGGUGGUCAUAAAUUAAAGACUGGUUUUGGGUCAUUUGGCUAUUGCUCUGGCUUCUGUGGCCUUUCUGUGAGCCGGACUGGACUCUGUGCAGGAAAGAGCAUGAACAGUCUCCCGACAUUU